AUGGUUUUACGUGUCUUCUUUAUUUCUACAACGGGUCGUCGAGAUAUACGUAAACGACAAAUUCAUGUUUUUGCUGUACUUAGCUCUUGGAAAUUUGAAUAUGAAGCAAUUGAUGUAGCAGCACCAGAACAUGAAUCAGAACGUGAUUUUAUUAUUGAAAGUGGUAAAAAAACUGAAGGAGGUAAAAUACUGUUACCACAAAUUUUUAAAGAAGAAGAAUGUUGUGGAGAUUAUGUGGAUUUUUUACAAGCUAUUGAACAUGAAAAAUUACUAUUAUUUUUGAAACAAAUAACACAAGAAGAAUUUGAUGCACUUGAACGAAGUAAAAAUGGUGAAAAAGAAGAAGCAACAGAAGAAGAAAAACCUGAAGGUGAAGAAGAUACUGAGAAAAAAGAUGCUGAAGAAGAAACUGAGAAGAAAGAAGGUGAAGAAGAAGAAGGAGAAACUGAGAAGAAAGAAGGAGAAGAAGGAGAAGAAACCGAGAAGAAAGAAGGCGAAGAAGAAGAAACUGAAGAUGGUGAAAAAACAGCUGAUGAUGAAGAAAAUAAAGAAGAAGGAGACGAAACUACUAAAGAAGAAGCUGAAGAUGAAAAAACUAAAGAUGAAAACGAAGAAGAAACAGAAGAAACUAAAGCUGAUGUAGAAGAAGAAAAACCUGCAGAAGGUGAAAAAGAAGAAGAAGAGAAAAAAACAGAUGAAUCUGAAGAAACUAAAACUGAAGAAAAGGAGAAGAAAACUAAAAAAGAAGAAAAACCAACUGAAGAAAAGGAGAAGAAAACUAAAAAAGAAGAAAAACCAACUGAAGAAAAGGAGAAGAAAACUAAACAAGAAGAAAAACCAACUGAAGAAAAGGAGAAGAAAACUAAAAAAGAAGAAAAACCAACUGAAGAAACUAAAACAAAGAAAGCCACAGAUAGUAAAGAAUCUAAAGAGAAAUCGACAAGUGGCCGACGUCGUGGUUGGGAUAAAAAUGAAGAUGAAGACAAGAAAUCUGAAACAACAAAAACUACAACGAAAUCAUCAGAUGAAGAAAAGAAAUCUGAUGAAGCAACAACUGGACGUCGAAGACGCGGUUGGAAUGCUGAAGAAUCAGAUUCAACUAGUAAAAAAACUGACGAAAAAGAGGUUACUGAAUCUGAAAAAACAGCAUCAAAAGAUGAAGAUACAUCAACAAGAAAAAAAUCUGAUGCAGCUGACGAGAAAAAAGAAGAAAAAUCAUCCGAAGAUGAUUCAAAAAAGAAAAAAUCCGAUGCAAAAGAGGAUGAUAAAUCAUCUACAAGUGCAGAUAAAAAGGCUGAAACAGCAUCAUCUCGUCGUCGUCGUGGUUGGAAUGAAGACGAAAAAAAAACUGAAGAAGUCAAAGAAAAAAAUGAAAAAGAAGAACCUAAGAAAACUGAAGACACCAAGGCAAAAACUGAGAAAGCAGAAACUGAGAAAGCUGAAGAAACCAAAGAGAAAAAGGAAAAAGAAGAAACUAAGAAAGAUGAAGACACGAAAGCAAAAACUGAAAAAGAAGAACCUAAAAAAGAUGAAGAAACCAAAGAAGAAGAGAAAAAGACAGAAACUGCAACAUCUCGACGUCGACGAGGUUGGGAUGAAGACAAUAAGAAAACUGAAGAUAAUAAGAAAGCUGAAGAAACUUCGAAAACUGAAUCCACAACUAAAACUGAAGAAACAGAAGACAAAGAUAAAAAAGCAGAAACUGCAACAUCUCGACGUCGACGUGGAUGGGAUGAAGCAGAUAAAAAGGAAGAAACUAGUACUGAAAAGAAAACUGAAGAAUCUACAACUAAAACAAAUGAUAAAGAUGAAACUGAAAAGAAGAAAGAUGAUGAAGACACAAAAGCAUCGGCUAAGGCGGCUGGACGUCGACGUGCUGGUGGUUGGUGA